AACUGUGGUACGGUGGAUCGCUCAAGUGGCGUUGACGAAGCUGAAGCAGAGUACGGCCGUGCGCGGUUGACAACGAUUGAACUACACUUGGCAACAGUAUCGCGCGACCGAUGAAUGCUGCGUAGGAUUGUCAAAACAAGUUUGGACGCGAUUGUUUGUUGCAACUUUACGAAAACAAUUCCUCGCCCGCCUUCAGCUGCCAUCAUCGCUUCACCAUGCUGUCCCAGAGCUGUGUAAUUGAGUGAUUUAAAUCUCCCCGUCAUACGCCAAGAAAGGAAGCAAAAAAAAAAAUAUUCGCGAAAAACAACAGAAUUAUCCCGAAGUAACUGUUUGUGUGGCGAGCACUGCACUAUACCCUAUAGAGGGAGAGGUGAAUGAACGCAGCUCUAGUCGAAAACAAGUUGCAAUGAUAAAGUGAGACAUCUUACGUUUGAAGUGGAUCACAAGACGUGCGGAUAAGUGGUGUAACAUUGUCUCCUAAUUAGUUCCGGCUUGAAGCGUUCGACCGAACCGAUACCCAUCUUUUUUUGCGUUCCGAUCUCCGAAGCGAGGGCAAACGGAGCCAUUGUUUCGGCAAGGCUUUCCCAUGUACUCAAUGGUGGACUGCUUCAACGGUAUGGGUCAGCUGGGGCAAGAGUACGGGCCAAAGAACCCGCUAAUGGACAACGCCAACAUGGACCACGUCACGAAGGUGAUUGCGUACCAUCCGCGCUACCUCCAGCACUACCUGAACACACAAAACUUCGUGAUGCACUGCGAUGGACCGUUGCCGUUCGAGUAUCGAUCCUACAUUGCCAUCAUGGCCGCCGCUCGGCACAAGUGCACCUAUCUGGUCAAUCUGUACGAGAAGGAAUUCCUACUGCAAGGCGGCGACCGCAACUGGUUGAAAGGGCUGGAGUACAUUCCGGCCAAGUUACGUGCCAUAAGCGAUAUCAACAAAAUCCUAGCUCACCGUCCAUGGCUGUUGAAUAAGGAGCAUGUAGAACGCUUAACCAAAUGCCAGAACAGUUGGUCGCUGGCUGAAGUGGUCCAUGCCAUUGUUCUGCUGGCUCACUUUCACUCCCUGUCGUCUUUCGUAUUCUCCUGCGGUUUGACUCAGGAGCUGGACACAUCUAGUCAAAAAAUUGAAAACAAUAACAUUUUACUCCAAAAGACUGAUUUAGAGCAUCUGAAUGGGACAGACGCAAUUAGUAUACAGCAAACCGAGGUGACAGUGGACGCUCUGAUGCAACGUAUGAAGAAGCUGUCGGAGAAGAGCACCGAAUGUACCGAAACGGAGCUGAGCAAUCGCUUCAAGAACGUAGAGAUGCAAGCAGCCGAACUGCCGGCCGUCGUCUCACGGGAUUGUGUUCCCGAGGUACCGCAACAAAUUGGACGCUAUGUGGACGAUCCAAAUUUUACCUAUCAGGACUUUGCUAAGCGCGGGGCGGAAAACAUUCCGCAAACUUUUAGGAUACAGGACUACUCUUGGGAUGAUCAUGGAUAUUCACUGGUGAAUAGGCUCUACAACGACGUUGGUUUCUACCUGGAUGAUAAAUUCCGAGCGGCCUACAAUCUGACCUACUACACCAUCGCCGGUCGAACCAAUGUCGACACAUCGAAGUUUCGCCGAGCAAUUUGGAACUACAUACAGUGCAUCUAUGGGAUCCGGCACGACGAUUACGACUACGGCGAAGUGAAUCAGCUGCUUGAUAGAACGCUGAAAAUGUUCAUCAAAACGGCUUGUUGCUUUCCGGAGCGUAUUACCAAGACGGAUUACGACAGUGUACUAAUCGAGCUGCAACACAGUGAAAAGGUCCACGUAAAUCUGAUGAUACUGGAGGCGCGUAACCAGGCGGAACUGCUGUACGCGCUACGUGAAAUUAUGCGUUACAUGACAUGAUUUAGAAAGUCACUAGAGUGUACACGCACGACGGACGAGAUUCAGCUUGCAUAGAAAAGCAAACGGUUUUUUUUAUUAUCAUGUAUGUAAAGUAGACACUAAGUGUUGUAAUAGUGAUCAUCAUUUUUAAACUGUGUCUUCGGGCAACAGCAGUGAAACAGAGAAUUUAUACACAUCUAUGUUUACUAAUAUUCGUAUGUAUUUUAUAGCAGUUGAGCAUGAGGCAGAAGUGUAACAGAAGGAAGGCUAAUAUGUAGGCAAGCAAGAGAAGAAUAAUUAUCAGGUGAUAUAAAUGUUAAAUUCAAAUAUAAUAAGAGCAUCUUAGCUGGAGCUGGAGCACGAUUAAGAAUAAAGCCGCUAGCAGUCGAAACCAACAAGCCAUAUUUCAAAUGAUUAUACCAGAAAGUGGCUGAUGUUCAGGGCAUUGAUUAGUUUAUAACUUUGUAGUAUGUAGCAAACUAGCGGUUGGCUGGCCGCUGUCUAAUGCAAGCGAACUGCAGCUGGUCACUUCAAUUUCACCUCUUAACCUAGCUAGGCGAGCAACAAAUUUUUCGAUAAUCACAGAAAACAAAUCGCACAACUUGACACUCCCACAGCAGUAGAGCUGUUAGCUAGCAAAAGCAGUGUUUCAAUUCGAUCUCGAAACAGACGCACGAAGAUUUGCCAUCCAUUGUGACAUCGAUUUUUCAAAAUUACACUGCUAAACAGCAAACAUAAGUGAAAUAUUUGUUUUAAGAAAAGAAAUGAGAAAAAAUAGGAAUAAAAUAAUCCUGUCGAAACUAGUCCAUGAUAUACAGACAGAAAUAAUAGAACAGUCGAACCAGUACUGUAUUACGAAAUUCCAGGAAAUUUUCGAAGAAAACAAAAACACAUGUGUUCAAAGUGCAUAACAGCAAGGACAAAAACCAAAAACAAUACAACUUUCAAGUCCAUUCGCGAAAAUCGGAACACUUUUAAGCCGGCAGGUCGUUUUAGUCUUGUGCGUGUGUAAAGAGAAAUUUAUUACAAAGUAUGUGAUUCGCUUCUGAUGGAAUUUGUGCCAAAAAAUCUCUUUUAUUGUUACGUGAAGCAUCAAUCAAGUGCAUCUAGUUUGAUUAGAACACGCAGGCAAAUACAACACACACCCAGCAUAAUGCUUAAUACAUAUUUAACUACGAAUAAAAAAGCGAAGCAGCACUUGUUAAACGGUGAAAAAUGUAAAGAAAACUGUUUUGUUGAUUGAGAAAGUUAUUGAUUCUAUCUAUUUGUUUAAAUACAGAACAGUUCCGCCAGAGAACACCCGUUAAUUUAAUGUUUAAAUUUUUAUGUUUUGUUGAGAGCUAUUUUAAGAAGAAGAAAGAGGAGUUCUACCCGUUGAACGGAAUACAAGAAAGAUCAUACCCAACUGUAACACUGCAGGUAUUUUUUACAUAACGUAGGACAACACAACAAAAUAAACUUUGAUAAUCAAGCAGAGUUAAAGUGCGCAACACGCAAGAAGCUUUGGAAAACAAACCAGCCACUAGACGAAAGAAAAAAAUCCAGUUGAGCUGAAGAGUUUUUACUUGUAAUUUGCUAAGCAAAGAGCAGCCGUUGAGAAUAAAUGAGAAGAUCUUCAACACGCAAUGAA